AGCUCGCGCGAUCCAUUAAUUUUGCGCAUCAGCUGGAAAUUAAUUUCCUUUUUCCAAAAAUCCUUGAAAAGGUCGUGGUUAUAAAUUUGCAUUUAUUUGCGUGACGAUGGAAAAUUUCUAGUGUUGUACGGUGUGCAGCGCUUUGUGUUGUGUAGAGAGGUGCGGAGUUGGUUUUCCCCGUGGGGACUCCAAAACAAGAAUCAUGUUUGAUUGCUCGUUCAACCUGUUCCUGUCCGUGUUUCUGAUUCUGGGCUCGGUAUGGCUCGCCGGCAGGUUCUUUCUGAAGGAACAGGUCGUGUACAUUCCGGACGGCAAGCGGCGGCACGCGUGGAAGUCGAUUAAGCUGCUGAAUCGGUCGUGUUUCUGUUCGAUCUGCGAGAUCUUGAUGUCCUCGAAUGGGGUGUUUUGUGAGAAUUGCGGGGUUUGUUCCGACAAUGGGUGCGUCCGGAAGGCGGACGUGGAGUUUCGAUGUAAAGAGCUGCGAAUUAGGAGCAGGGCGGAUGAUGGGAAGGAGAGUCGGCACUUGUGGGUUAGGGGGAAUCUUCCGCUGGCGUCGGAAUGCUGCGUUUGCGCGGAGGAUGUGGACCAGGUUAGCGAACCGGGGCUUUAUGGUCAGCGGUGUGCCUGGUGCCAGCGGACGGCGCACGACAAGUGCUUUUCGGAGGUUUCGUCCACGCUGUGCGACUUUGGGGAGUUUAAGAGUAUGAUUUUCCCUCCAAAGUGCAUUCUGGCGUCGAGGACGAAGGGAGCUCCGAAGGUGCAUCUGACGGGGAUUAUUCCUCCCGAGUGGAAGGACCAGUGGCGGCCUUUGAUCGUAGUUGCAAACUCUAAAUCCGGCAGCAGCGGAUCUCCGGAAGUGGUCGCUCAAAUGCGCGGCAUCCUGCACCCGUUGCAGGUGUUUGAGCUCGAAUCGCACGGUCCGCAGGAAGCACUUCAGUGGGCAAUCCAUGCUGCGCCGGCCACCUGUCGAAUCUUGGUCGCCGGAGGUGACGGAACAGUUGAUUGGGUCCUAAACACGAUACUGCAGAUGAACGUGGAUCCACUGCCGGAGGUGGCCAUCCUGCCGCUGGGAACCGGAAACGAUUUGUCGCGCGUUCUUGGCUGGGGCGCCGAAGGUCCGGACACGUUCAACCCGAUCCAAUAUCUGCGCAAGAUUCAGCAGGCGCGAGCUGUUAAACUGGACCGGUGGCUGAUGGAAAUUGACGCCCAUCAUCACAUCCGGUUUCCGGUUCCGAGGUUUCACCAGCGGCGAAGCGUUUUCGUGUACAAUUAUUUUAGUGUUGGGGUGGACGCUUUGGUGACGCUUAAUUUCCACAAAGCCCGGGAAAGCUCGCUGUAUGUGUUUAGUAGUAGAUUUAUCAAUAAGGCACUGUAUCUCUGCUUUGGUACGCACCAAGUCAUGCAACAGGACUGCGUAGAUUUGGAAAAGAAGGUUGAGCUGUAUCUUGACGACGUCAAAAUAGAUUUGCCCGAGCUGCAAUCGAUCGUCGUACUUAACAUUGACUCGUGGGGCGCUGGCGUUAAACUUUGGGAAAUGAGCAAAGAUUCGCCCACCCACGGGGGAAUCAUGCGCGAGGCGCACAGCAUCUCGGACGGCGUGCUGGAGGUGUUUGGCGUCGUGUCGUCCUUCCACAUCGCCCAGCUGCAGGUUGGCCUCAGCAAACCGGUCCGGCUGGGGCAGGCCCGAAGCGUGCGGUUCCGCAUCAACGGGACGGUGCCGGUGCAAGCCGACGGCGAGCCGUGGAUGCAGGCGGCUUGCGAUGUUAAAAUUAACCACUGCGGCCAGGCGACGAUGCUGCAGAACGUGGGCGCAGGUGCAGAGUGAGUGCCAGCGGUAGUACAGGCUCUUGGAAGCCGGUAUCGUAAGGUAAGCGUAGCUAGUCACAGUCGCGGAUUUUUUUUCUGUUUGUGGAAGCAUAACGAUUAAGGUAAAAGGUUGAUAAUAUUUUUUUGGUAUUUAUUUAUUAAAAACCUACGUUUUCCUUACAUGGAAUUUGUCAAUUUGAAUUAAUAAAAUGGUAAAAAUAUAAAUCUUCAAUUAGUUCCUUGGAAAUUAUUCGAUAUUUAAUAAUUUGAUAUUAGUUAAGUUAGCCAACGCCUUUCUGAUUAUUUCGUCGAAUUAUGCCGUUAACAUAAUAACUAUGCUUUUGUCUUUUAGAACCUUUGAAAAUUAGAAAACAAAAUUUUGUGUCCGUGGUUUCGACAAAGUUGUAGAGCAUUACAUUUGCUAUA